AUGAUUUGCGAUGUUUGGUGUAUGUUUUCAAUAAUAAUUGUUGGAAUUGUUUGGGGUGCAACUAAUCCAUUAAUAAGAAAAGCCGCAAAAAGAAGAGAAAGUAAGAUUAUUUAUUGAGAAUUUAAUUUGGAAUUUUGAAAAUUAUGAUUUUCAGAUGAAAAAAACAACGAGAAAAAUGGCAUUUUCUGGCAAUUUUUCAGCGCUUUUUUAGAUUUCAAUUUCAGUAUUCCUUUUGCAAUAAAUCAAUUAGCUUCGGUGAGUUAAAACAUUAUGCUUAAAACACAACUUUUUUAUCAGAAAGGUUAUCAUUACAAAAUACAGUAACCAUCAGAGCAUUAAAAAUCUUUAAAAAAAAAAAACAAAUUUGUUUGAACGAAUUUCCGUGGAAACAAAAAAUGCGUUUCUGAACAUUUCGCGAUUUCAGAAUUUUUCAUAUUUCUUUCCAAGUUUUCUGUUUUCAUUCCAGGUUAGCCUUUCGUGAAGUUCAUGCUUAAAUUCUUUCAAAAUAAAAUUAUCAGGUUUUUUUUGAAAAUCGAAAAUUUGAAAUAUGAUCAAUUUGUCUUGUUUUGAUUCUGAAACAUUUUGAAAAUCAAACUAAAUUUCAGAUAAUCUUCAAUAUUUUGGUUGUAAAUCUUCCUGUAACAAUCGUAGUUCCAAUUGCAAAUGCCAUUCAAAUUUCAACAACUUCAAUUGUCGGGUAUUUUUUGGGUGAAAAGAUCAAUAUUAAAUCGACAAAACAGAUCUUUGGAAUUAUUUUAAUUGUAAUCUCAAUUUUCGGAAUGCUUAUUUAUCAAUAAAAAUUGUAAUACAACUAGAAAAAAGUUCAAUGAACCCAAAUUUCUAUCUUUUUUUUCGUGAGAGAAAAAACAAAAACUGAUAAGAAACCAGUCUUCUGUUUUUAUCAUAUAUUUCGAUUUCUUUUUUGUCUUUCGAUCAAAUGGCCCCACAUCGCGCACUUUAUCAAGCUCUUUGUAAAGCUGGUGAUCGAUUUGUUUAUCCAAUUUUGCCAGCUUUUGCAAAACCAGCUUGGAAUCAUCCGGCAGGUCCAAAAACCGUAUUUUUCUGGGGACCAACAUUCAAAUGGGCUUUGGUUGGAGCGGGAAUCGCAGAUUUAGCAAGACCAGCUGAGAAAUUAUCAGUUUCACAGGUUUGUUAUUUUUUCUAUGUAUAAGUAUACUUCUUUUUGAAAAAUGAAUUUUCAGAAUGCAGCUCUUUUUUGUACUGGUAUGAUUUGGACUCGUUACUGUCUUGUUAUUACUCCAAUCAAUUAUUAUUUGAGUAGUGUUAAUUUCACUGUCGGAUUGACCGGUUUAGCUCAACUUCUUCGAAUUGCACAUUAUCGAUAUGAAAAUCCAGAUUGGGAAGAAAAAGAAUUGACUGAAUAA